AUGUUGACCUCUAAGGAUGGAAAUAAUUCCAAAGGAACUAGUGUGGAGAAGGUCAUGGUUGAUGCGUCUCCUCAUGUUCUCGUAGUUGAUGAUUCCCUUGUUGAUCGUUGUGUUGUUUCCAUGGCCUUAAAAUGCUAUAACAUACGAGUGACUGCCGUCGAAGGUCCUAAGCAAGCCCUGAAGGUUUUGGAUGCGGAACAUGAUGUGAAGAUGAUUGUGACAGAUUACUGUAUGCCAGCUAUGACUGGCUAUGAUCUCCUUGUGGAAGUGAAGAAAUCACCCAAGCUAAGGCACCUUCCGGUGGUGAUUGUAUCCUCUGAUAACAUUCCAGAAAGGAUCAAAAUGUGCUUGGAUGGAGGCGCGAUGGAGUACAUCCUGAAGCCUAUCAAGGCUGUUGAUGUACCUCGCAUUUUGAGCUACAUAUGA